GAACCCUCCUUAUUUGGGAGGGGAUCUAUACAAAUUGGUCGAGAUGGAGCUGACUCUGAUGUAUGACUUCCUCUACACCAAGGCGGCGGUAAUCCACACAUGGUAUGGCUUCUGCAUCCAUUUCAUUUCGCUGCUUGGCACAGCCACCACGUUUAUGUUGUUUCAGCUCAGUAUAAACAGUAGAGGAAAUGGGUACAGCAUAGUGGAUGUGAUUAUCAGUUAUGUUUUAUUGGUUGGGGCUUUGGUCCUGGAAAUCAUAUCUGUGUGCAGGGCUCUACUAUCCACCUGGACAUGUUCUUUAUUGCACCGCAGGGGCAGGGGAUGGGAGUGGCCUCUCCAUGUUAUCACUUCCCUUGGUCAGCGUGUCCACCCGGCAAGUAGGAGACUCUGGUCAGGCUCCAUUGGUCAGUACAAUUUGUUCCACUUGUGCACCCGCAACACGAAUGAAAUAGGGAGCAGACUAGCAAUGAAAUUAGGGCUCCAGGACUGGUGGAACAAGAUGCACUUCUCGAGCACUUUCUCACACAGUGAAAUUUUGUCAAUACGAGAUAUCAAGAAAUUGGUUUUGCAAGCAUUGCAAGACAAGGAGCGAGCACUGCAAUACAAAAGUAUUGAUUCGAACUCACGGGGCAGAAGCUUGCAGAGAUGGCGUGGAGUUUCUCCCAAUUUGCACUGGUAUACCUUCCAUGCCAAUUCAACUGAAACGCAUUUUGUUGGUAAAUAUGUUCGAUAAUAUAAAAGACCUUAAACAAGUUUCUAUUUUCAUACUUGCUGGCUUUACUAGCAGAACCAGCACAUGCCUAUAUUCAGAGUUGCACCUAAAAGCUGUUCUAUUUGAAUUUCGUAAUGUUCAGUUGAACUUUGUUUCCUGAUUGUUUGACUACUAUCCAAUGAAAUUGAAACGAGAUCUUAUGUUUUAUUUUUUUAGACCUUAGUCUAAAAAAGUCAGAAACAAAGUUAAACUCAACAUGCACUAAUGCACUAUGAUAGCACACACAU